AUGGCGGGCCAGGGAGACCAGCUGGACAAAAUGUCCACCUUGCUGGCAGAAGUGGCUGCUCAGCUAGAACAAGUGAAGCUGCAAGGAGCACGGCGUGAAGAGCAGCAUCAAGACCUUACUGCACGCAUGAGUCAGAUGGAAGCACGCAUGGAUGCCCCACAGUCUUCGGCUGCUGUGCUAAUUCCGACUCAGCUGCAGCCACAGUCCUUCACAGUUCCGCUAGCCCAGGGGGUAGACCUCAACGCCCCGGCAACAGUCGGACAGUGCAUGGAGUUAGUGCAGAUGGCGAUGCAGCAGAAGGUCGCCCCAGCUCUCGGAGCAGUAUACUCGUCCUUGCCCACCUCACAGGUGAGGACGAACGAGCGAGUGGGUAACCUGGAGCAGCAGGUCCGGGCCCUUCGCAUCCGCACCGCAUGGGCGGAGAAGGACAUGCUCUUCUCACAGAUCGAGCAGGCAAAGCGCACCAUCGUAUGCCGAAACUUCCCCACUUGGCAGACGGAGGCAGACCGCCGCCUCACAGUGGAAAAGGCCCUUGCGAAAGCUGGGCUGUGGAAUAUCGAUGGAAUGUGGGACCUGGCCACAACUCGGCUGGACACGGGCACGCCCGGCAAGCCGGAGCUCUCUGCCACCUCCAUCCUCACAGUCCCUUCCCUCACGGUCCGGAAGCGGAUCCUGGAGGUAGCGGACAGGGUAUACCCUUGGUACUUCCACCAGGAAAAGCCAGGGACAGGGGAAGACCCCAAGGAGCCCGACGAGGCGAAGGACGGCUCCGAAGAAACGGCCGAGAAGAACACGGCGGAUUCCUCACAGGCAGCCGGCUCAAAAGAGCCAGCCCAGACCUUUGAGUACAAGGGCGGCGGCCCGGUAAAGCUCUCCCCUGGAGUCACACAGUUUGAACGCAGGCUUGCUUCGCCGCUCCAGGGACUCAUGAACGCUUACCGGGCGGCCUUCAGCAAGUUCACCAAAGAGCCAUUGGUUCCGAGGUGGAAGACGCUGGCCUUGGUUGACUCCAAAGAGGUUUGGCUGGGCCGCAUCGUGUACCGCCGCGGGGGUCCUUCACAGACGACCUCCACAGGCACCCUCACAGACUGGGAGUGCGAGAUCCACAUCCCAGAGGAGCAUGCCACAAAGCUCUUGGAGACCUGGCGAAGCAUCUGGUAUGACCAGUUGCGACAGCAGGUCAACAAGACUACGGUCGAGCAGGAAGCCUUCGACAGCGCAGCUCGCCUCACAGCACACAACUAUGCUGAGGCCAAGCGACUUAGCAGGUUCCUGACCAAGGCCAUUCCGGAGUACAACGAGGGCGAGGAUGAAGGUCUAGACCACUGGAUCGCCCGGUUCCGGUAUGAGUUCCCGUGGCCGGUGAAGUUUGUCCAAGUCCCCGCCGACGCCGACGAGAGGACCCACUUCACAGGCCUUCGGUCCACCGAGGAGCUCAUGGAAGAGAUGGCAGCCCAGGAGCAGGAGGCAGCCUUCACAGUGGACCCCGAGAGUGGAGGCGUGGGGGCAAUGAUCGACGUGGCCUCCCAAAUGAAGCGCACUCACAGUGAUGCAGCCUCAGCGGUCAGUGGCAUCAGCUCGGCCAGCAUCCCGAGCACCGCGAUGAAUCCUCCACAGCAGACCAAGGCCAGGCCGAGCUACUACCCGUUCAGCUCACAGGCAGAACUGGAGAAAGCGGUUGAAGAGGCAAAGAUCGCCCACAUCAACCACGGUGGGGUCCCAACCGACUACCCACAGGAGGCUUGGGAGUCCUGGUGCAUCAAGCGCCGCUCGACUGGCUCACAGUGA